AUGUCUAAACGUAGGAAGUUUGAUUCAAUUUCUAUUCAAAAUAUGCCUGAAUCAGAAAGUAAUCGAGAUAUAGCUGAUUCCAGUGAUUUUAUAGAAUUUGAUGACGAUAAAGAAAAUCGUAAUUUAGAUUCAAUAUAUAAUCCAAAUGAUAAAUUUAUUCCUUGUCAAGAAGAAAACAAUUUAACAUCUCAAAACUUAGUUUCAUUUGAUGAAUAUUCAGCUUUACUUGAUAUAAAAUUAGAUCCUAAAUAUGAUGAUGAACCAAGUUAUUCAACAACCAAUGAAGACAGGUUAAUUAUAGAUUACAUUGAACUUGAGAAUUUUAAAUCAUAUCAUGGUGUUAAUAAGAUGGGUCCAUUUGGAAAAAAUUUUUCAUGUAUUGUUGGACCAAAUGGUAGUGGUAAGAGUAAUAUUUUUGAUUGUAUGUUAUUUGUUUUUGACUACAAUGUCAAGAAAUUCCGUACAAAAAAAUUGUCAGAUCUUAUACACAGAUCUUCAAAUGAAUCAUGUAAAUUUGCUAGAGUUUCUAUUUAUUUUAAAAGAGUUGGUAGAGUAAAUGAACAAUUAUUUGAUAUUGAGGGAUCUUCAUUUUGUGUUACAAGGAAAAUUACUGAAGACAAUAAAAGUUCUUUUUACUUUAAUGAUAGAAAAAUUAGUAGAAAUGAUUUGAAAGCAAUAUUAAAAAAUCACGGUCUUGGGUUGGAUCAUGAUAGAUUUUUGAUUUUACAAGGAGAAGUAGAAAGUAUAUCACUUUUAAAACCUAAAGCAGAAAAGGAAGACGAAGAUUGUAUGUUAAGUUUAAUGGAUGAUAUUAUUGGAACAAGUAGAUACAAAUUACCUUUAGAAAAAGUUAAUAACGGUAUUUUGGAAUUGCAAUCAAAAGUUGCUAUUGUAAAUGCUAAGUUGAGAGAAUCUGAGAAAUUUAGGAAUUUGUUGGAGGAAAAUGCUAAAGAUAAUAUUGAGCAAAAUCGAAUAAGAAAUGAAUCAAAAUGUGAAAAACAAUAUGAUGAAACUAAUGAAAAGUUAUGUGAAAGUAAAAAUAUGAUUAAUAUGAAAAAUGAAGAAAUUUUUGAAUUAGAAAACAGUUUAAAACUUAUUGAAGAUGAACGAGCGGAAGCUAAAACUGAAUACAAGAAAUGUUUAAAAAAGGAUGAAGAAAUUAAAUCUUCUAUUGUUUCAAAUAAUAUGAAAUUAGAUGAAGUCAGAGGAAAACACUCAAGAUUAGAAGAACAACUUCAAUCUAAAGAACGGAAGAAUGAAAUCCUACACCAAGAAAUAAAAAAAUUAGAAACUGCACCUCAAGAAAUUUUAAAGGAAAAAGAAUUAAAUGAAAAAGAAUUAAACGAUGUUUUAAAACUUGAAAAAGAUUUAAGUAUUAAAAAAGAAAAUGCCGAAAAAAUCUUUGAAGAAGAAAGAUUGCGAUACGCUUCAGAGUAUGAUUUGAAACAAGACGCUGUAAUUAAGUUACAGAAUAAAAUUGGUGGUUACAGAAACGAAAAAGAAAAACUUGAUUUUAAGUUGAAUCAACUUGCUAGUGGAAAGAAUGCCAUCGCGAAAGAGAUUGAAAAUCUUGAAAAUUUUAUAAAAGACUUGAAUUUGUCAAAUAAAUCUAGUUUAGAAAAGAAAACAACAUUAUUAGAAAACAUAAAUGUAGCUGAAAAUGAAUUAUUAAAUCUAAAAAAUAGUUCUAAAAGGUACCAAGCUGAUAUAAAAGAGCAUGAGACAAUGCUUGCAAAUGAAUCAGAGAAGUUUGAAGCGUUUAAACAAAAACACAAUUCAUUUAUUGACAAUGAAAAUGUUUUACCUUUAUCGGAAACUUACAAAUUUCUUAUCGGUCUAAAUUAUGCUGGUUUUAAGGGACGUUUAGGGGAUUUAGCAUCAAUAGACAAGAAGUAUGAUAUUGCAUUAUCAACAUUAGGUGGGAGAUCAUUAGAUAUGUUUGUUGUUGAAACUAUAAAGGAUGGUCAAUAUUUAAUGGAACAGUUAAGAAUUAAUAGGAAGGGGAGAGCUGCAUUUAUGUGCAUUGAAGAAGUAAACAAGAAGUGUGGAGAUUGUUCCAGAAAGACCGCUAAUUUUGAAGGUGCAAUAAGAGCAUUUGACUUACUGGAAAAUGUUCCUCCUGAAAUAAGAUCAUGUUUUUAUUUUGUGUUUAGAGAAUCAUUAGUGGUUGAAAGUUUGGAUAGUAUUAAUUAUUUAAAGGCAAAGUAUGGUGAGCGUAUUCCAAAAACCGUAACAUUAAAUGGUUGUAUUUUUGAAACCACAGGAAAAAUUACAGGUGGUGGUAAACCAAUUUCUGGUUUAAUUGGAAAAAAAAAUUUUACCCACUCCAAAGUAGAUGAGAAUUUAAAAUUAAAUAUAAAAGAAGAAUUUAAUAAAUUAAGUCAGAAGAUUGGAGUUUUAAAAAUGCGGAACUCUCAACUUUUAGAAGAGAAACACAAGAUUGACAUGGAGAUUAGAAAAAAAGUUUCAUUCAUUGAGGGAUUGAAAAAAGAAAUUUAUUUUAUUAACGAAAGUGUAAAAAAUGGAAAUCAAUGUUUAAGUGUAAAACAAAAUAAUUUAAAUGAAUUAAAAAAAGAGUUAGAUAAUGUCACGGUUGAUGAAGAUGCGUACAACAAAAUAGUUAAAGAGAUUAAUCUUUUAGAAGAUAAGAUUGUGAAUGCAGAGAAAGUUCUUGAAGAAAAAAUGAAAGAAUUUAUGUUAGUAAAAAACAAUGUAGAUAUUCUUUAUACAAAUCUUGUUGAGGAGCAUGCUAAUAAUUUAAGUAAUUGUCUUACUAGAAAAGAACAAUGUCAGAAUUCAAUUAAUCAACUACAAAAAAAGUUUAAUUUUUCAUCAAAACAAUAUAAAGUUAAAAUAAGUCAACAAGAAGUCAAUGAAAAUGAAAUACAAGAAUUGGCAUCUAAAAUUAACCAUCUUCAAGAAAAAGAGGAAGAACUUUUGCAUCUCAUUGAUAAUCUAACCAAAGAGAAAGAAGAGAAUGGUAAUUUAUUAAAAACCUUGAAUGAAAAACUUAGUGGUCAAUCUGAUAUUUCUAGAAUAAAAUAUCAAUUAAUUGAUUUAAAAAAUGAGGUUGACCAACAUCAAUCACUCAUAUGUACAUAUAAUGAUAAAUUAAAAGAACUUAAAAAUAAAAAAACAGCAUAUUCUGAGAAGAUUAAAAAUCUAAAAUAUAUAUUCUAUAAUAAUAUAAAUUUACUUCCUAAUGAAUUAACUGAAUUUCGUAACGAUGAUUUAUACUACACAAAACGUGUUGAUGAAUCUGAAAAAGAGUUUAUAAAAUUUUUAGAAAAUAGCAAAAAUAAUAAAUCAAUACCAAUGAUUGAAGUACCAUUGAAAAAAUUUAGUGAUGAAGAAUUUGAACAAAUUUUGUCAAAAGAAGAGGAAAUAGAAGAAAAAUUAAAAAUUUUUGAGUCAGCAUAUCUUAAUGAAACUAGUGAUGAUGCAGUGUCAAAAUAUUUAGAAAAGCAUGAAAUUUAUUUGGGAAAUCUUAAGAACUUCAAUAAAAUUAGUAAAAUAUAUGAAAAACUUAAAGAAAAAAGUGAUAAUUGGCGUUUUGAAAGAAUAAAAGAUUUUAAUAAGGGUUUUAGUAGAAUUUCAAAAUUUGUCAAAGAGGUUUAUCAAAGUAUAACAUUUGGUGGUGAUGCUGAUUUGGAGGCAUGUGACAAAUUUGAUCCAUACAACUUUGGUAUUCUUUAUAAAGUUAGGCCACCAGGAAAAUCUUGGAAAAAAAUGACAAAUCUAUCAGGUGGUGAGAAAACUCUUGCUUCACUUGCAUUAGUAUUUGCCUUACAUGAAUAUAACCCUACACCUUUAUAUAUAAUGGAUGAAAUUGAUGCAGCAUUAGACUUUAGAAAUGUUGCAAUAAUUGGACAAUAUAUUAAACAAAGAACUUUAAAUGCACAAUUUAUAGUUAUAUCAUUACGUAAAGAAAUGUAUGAAUUGGCAGAUAAAUGUGUUGAAAUUUGGAAACUCAAUGAUAAGACGAGAUCAGCGUGUUCUGAUAUGGUUGAAAUAUAUGAAGCUAAUAAAAAUUGUAUUGACUUAAAUGAAAUCAAUUCAAAUUCUACUUUAAAGGGCAAUCUACAAACUCUUUAUGAACUAUUAGAUAAUGCUUAA